GUGGAUGUUAAAAUCACUUUUGCAGCUAGGCUGCAUGGAAAACCAUUUGUUCAAUGGAUUUGAAAAUAAGUAAGGAGUGAGAAAACUCCAUGGCCUGUGUUUCAGCAAUACGCUGCUACACGCUGCUGUGAAAUCCUGCAAACUUAUUUAUGCCGGGUAAUUUACCUGCCCUUGAUACAGUUGGUGUAACUGUGAUUUGCAGCUUACAGCAUACUUUCUCCAUUAACAUUGUUAGAAAUCUAGGGAAGUAAAUCAGGGCUCCCGAAUGCCCAAAGUAGUGUAGGUCAAAAGUUUGUGUGCUGGUGCUGUAACUAACUGAAAUGUUCAUUUCCCACUCAGUGAAACACUUUUCUUGAUAAAUGUCUUUCAAUUACUUUUCCUACUCAAUGAAGCAUUUUCAGAGGACUUUCUAGUUCCACAGCUAGCACUUUGGUUUUUAUCUGGCUAAGUAAAAGAACAUCCUAUUAAAAUAUCUGUGCUUACGCAACAGAUACCAGCACCGACAAGCCAAGACUAAAUAGGUCUGCUAGUAAACUUUCUCAUUUUUUCCUUGGUACUAUAGUCCAGCAGAUGGGAUUGCUUGGAACCAUAAUUCCCACUGUCUGACUCUUCUGGGUCUGCCUUCACAAGUGAUUGCAGGCCAUAACUGCAGGCAAUUCCCUGCCCUGAUACUCUCUUACCUUUUACUGCAAUGUGUGUUUUAUUUUACUUCAUAAAGGAGGAUGUAUAAUGUGGUCUUUUCAGCAUCAAUUCCUACAGCCCUGCAUCUGGUGCCCUGCCUGUAUUUAUACCUAAUGUUGUCACUUAUGGCUAAGGAGUCAGUUCCUGUACAGAUUUCCUGAGGGGACUAUGAGUGCACAAGGAGAGAGAUGAGCAGAGAUCCCUAAUUGUUAGUUGACUGCAGUAGUCCAUGAUCCUGCUGCCUUACAUUUAACUUUUGCCCUCCAGCAUUCUUCUCUCUCCUUGAUGAAUGUAGGAAACCUUAGAAAAGUUUUCUUUUCAGUUAUUCAUGUUACUUUGUUACCUGGAUCCAGGACCAUCUGAGCAGUGGGUUUUGUAUGUGGCAAAGUAGUCACGCAUCUGAACAGUUCAGUUAUCAGCAAAGUAAAUGCUACUGGAAGACCUUCUCUUUAGUAUUACUGAUUUUUAGUCCUUGUAUCUUAUUUAGUAAUGGUUUAUUCUGAUUAUACAGGUUACCCUUUCCCUACUGCUCCUCCUGUGGACCCAUUUGCAAAAAUCAGAGUGGAUGACUGUGGGAAAACCAAGGGAUGCUUCAGGUAUGGUAAACCUGGGUGCAAUGCAGAGACUUGUGACUACUUUCUGAGUUACCGCAGAAUUGGAGCUGAUGUUGAAUUUGAGUUGAGUGCUGACACAGAUGGCUGGGUGGCAGUGGGAUUUUCCUCAGACAAGAAAAUGGGGGGAGAUGAUGUCAUGGCUUGUGUUCAUGAUGAUAAUGGAAGAGUCCGAAUACAGCACUUCUAUAAUGUUGGUCAGUGGGCUAAAGAAAUCCAGAGAAAUCCUGCUAGAGAUGAGGAAGGGGUUUUUGAAAACAAUCGUGUCACGUGUCGAUUCAAGCGUCCUGUCUAUGUUCCCCGAGAAGAAACCAUCGUAGAUUUGCACUUGAGUUGGUACUACCUGUUUGCUUGGGGCCCAGCAAUCCAGGGUUCUAUAACUCGUCAUGAUAUCGACUCUCCACCCGUGUCAGAGCGUGUUGUCAGUAUUUACAAGUACGAAGAUAUUUUCAUGCCUUCAGCUGCCUAUCAGACCUUCUCUUCUCCAUUCUGCUUGCUCCUCAUUGUUGCACUGACCUUCUAUUUAUUGAUGGGAACCCCAUGACCAAUGGAAAACAGCAAGAAUUUGGCAGUGGAAGUUUCUCAGGAUGGACGGCUAUAUGGAUGGACAAUGCAUUUUUCUUUUGGAAUUUAUAUCACAUCACCAUCCUCAUCUAGCUGCUUUUGAACAUAGUUAGCUUCUCAGAAGAGUGAAAUAACCAUCUCCCUUGAGUGGCAGAGUGGUGACAAAUAAUUUAAGAAAAUCAGUGAACACGUAGGAGAAUAUUUUCAGUGUUGUGAUUACUUGCUUAAGGAAAAUGAGACUUUUGUAAAAUCAAUGUGUGUAUGUGUGUGUUUGUGUGUUUGGGAGGGGUGCCUGUAUGUCUGUUUAGGUGAAUUUAGUGAUGGACAUCUUAUCAAAUAACAAAAUUGCCUUCCAAAUUGCUAAAAAAAAGCAAAUUAGGGAAAACACUGCAAUGCUGUUUGGUACUUCUAGAGCAGAGAGCAGAACUCCAAGUGCAGUUUCUAAUCUUAUGACCUGGAAACCAACACAGCAGUAGUUGCCCUUCAGUAGUGGAUAGUUCUCCCAAUUUCUUUUUUUUUUUUAAUAUUUAUCAAAGUGUACUUCUUGUAGUAUUUUCCAAAACUAAACUUGCAUAUUCAAGCAUUAGCAUGAUUUUUUUUUUUUCAACAGAAAUAGGUGAUGAAUGUUUUUAUUGUGUUUCAAUAGCCUUUUUGAAAGAAAUGCCUACUUCUUUUAAGAGUGAGAUAUAAAGUAAUUUAAACAAGGGGGAGGGAGAAUACAGCAAUAUAAAUUCUCCAUACAUAGGAAAACCAGGUGUAAAACAUGCAGAAUAUAAAAGUUCCCAACAAGCCAUAGGAUGUCCUCCUAAUAGAUUAAAUCAACUUCUCUCUUUUUAUGAAAAAAAGCAAUUUUGCUGACAUGUAAAUAUAUUUUUAAGUAAUUGUGCAGCAGUAUGAAGUAAUCUCUUUUUAUGUGUUGUAUGCCACUAAAUCCUGUUCAUAUAAAGGGUGACUGUGGGCAGCUGGUGUAAUCUUACAAAGAAAUAUAAAUGAGAUUACUCUUAAGGAAAGACAGGGAUUAAUAAGAACAGCAGUAUCUUUUGUUCAUCAAACCACUACUAAAAUAUAGAUAUUGUGGAAAAAAGAUGAGCUAAAAAGGAAAUACAUUAGCUGUUUUUAUCACCAAUAAUUAAUGCAAGAGGAAUGCUAAAUAUUACAGAGACAAAAAGUGUCAAAAUGCAUUUAUGAGCCACAGACUAUAAUAAAAACUUGGAGUGAAGAAUUUCUGUGCUGUACAUAAUAGGAAGUGUAUGACACGUUUACAUGUAGCAGUCAAAUGUGCUUGGGUAAGGUUACUCAUUCAAUUUUCAACUUACACUAAAAUUCUACUUGGGUAGAAUUAAAAUCUAAGUAGUGCCAAAGUUUUAUCUAAUGUGAUACACUUGAGGACUCUCUAACACAGAAUCUGGUAAAGUAUAUGUAAUGCAACUCCUUUCUAUUCUCAUUGCUGCAUGGAGUAUAAAAUGAUGAAUUAGCUUGGAUAGGUUUGCAUCAUUAUUCACAGAUUGAUGUCUGUAGAGCUUAGUUUUUUUAGGCUCAGAAUUCUUCAAACUUAUAUUUAAGGUAUAUGAAUUAGAUUGAAGAUGAACUUAUCUUCAUAACAAACACUUUAUCCCUCUUUCAAAAGAUUGACUAAUAUUUUAUCUUUUCAUUGAUGUCUUAAAGCAUUUGUUCACUUAAAAUUACUGGACUAGAGUUCAGGAAAGGGAAGAUAAAUUCAGAAGUGAACUUCUAAAGUGCAUACAGUAGCUUUAUUUAGUAUAAAUUACUUCUCUCAGGUUGGUUAACUUACUCAUCAUCUGAUCAAGUAGAGACCACCUAAUAAGGUCUGCUUUGGCCCACAACAGCUGUGUAAUUUAGCCUUAAGAUUGGCUGGAGCAGAUAAGCAGAAGCCUGGAUAAUGAGCUUUACAUUCAGCAAACAGGUGAAGUGAAGAAAUCAUUACGGUAAAUUCUUUCUCUCAGGCAGCUGAGAUAUUGCAGCUCUUUCUCAGAGCCUGAGGGUUGCUUUAGUUUAUGGCUUGGUUUUUACUGUUUCAGCCAUUUACUUGAUUACCCACUAAAGGGCUAAUUUAAUAAUUUAAAGGUACUGAACUUGGAUAGAAACCCAUUUUGGCUUCUCUUUUCUUCUUUAAUAGAGCUCGGGAUUUAGGAUAGCCUGGUUGGACCUGAGCAUUCAGGUAUGUUAUAGAUGACAAUAAUAAUACCAAGGUAAAAUUGUGUGACAGCUGUCAAUCUGCUUUCUACAUAUAUAGAGUCAGAUGUGGUUAAAGUUCAGGAUCUGAAGCAAGGGCAAAGUAUUUUACAUUAUUUUUUAUUACUUUUUCCGAUUACUUGUCAGUGUGCUGUGUUUUUGUCAUCAUAUUUUUCUCUUGUUGAAGUAUUAGCAGAAAUGUGCACUUCUGAAAAAUCUUUCACCUAAGCUUCACAGUGUUUAAUUAGCCUAAUAAAAUGUUCUAAUCAAAAGGGAGGAAAUAAAAGGCCACAGGAAGCAGCAAAACAAUUUAUUAUCUGGCGUUUAAAUGGAUGAUUGAGUUUAUCACUGAGUUUAUGUAAGAGUUCCUCUUCACAGUGGGAAAAUCAGGACUGUGGAAUUCAAGUUGACAUACAAUGAGGUAUGAGUAUCUAGAAGUUGGUAGUCAGGAUGGAAUCUGAGGAGAAAAAGGUUAUAAGGGAAAUGUGGUAUGUAAGUUUGUAUGAUAUUUGGUAAGUCUUAACAUUUGAGUGGGCACAGUAACUUGUCAUGGAGGCUAUUUUCGUUUUCACAUGUUGUCUUCUUGUUUUUCUUUUUAAUAUUGAAAAGCAGGCUUUAUCUCUGUUACACAAAGUGACUAUAAAGUAACAGACUUCAAAGUAAUUUUUAAUUGAUUGUGGCAUUUCAAAGAUUUUUUGUUUUAUUAUUUUUUCUAGUUAAUUGGUACUAACACAAACGAGAAUAAAAGGUGCGCUUUGGAUAAGGAGGCAGAUAUUUCCCUCUCCAAAUAAUUUUUUGUUUCUUUAGUGUGAUUACUACCGAACAACUAUUAAAGAACACAUUUCUGAAGUGCUUUAAUUUUAGGAAUUUCUUGCUGUAGAGUGACUUCAUACAAAGGCAUUGAGUUUAGAGAGGGCAUAUUUAAAGUAUGGUGUUGUUUGGAAAUUUGACUGUAGUUACUAAUUAGAAAGAUUUUUUUUGCAUAAUUUUUUUUCAUUGCUGGUAUCAAAUAACUGGUGUUUUUUAGGUAUAGGUGAGAUGCUAAUUGAUUUUCCCCCCUCAAAAAAAAA